UAUCACAAUAUUUUGUUUAGGCACGAUAUAAUUCAGACGACAGAUUCACAAGAAAUGAAACUUGGAAGCCCAUAUUAUUCCUCGAAACCCCUGAUCUUUUUCCGACAGGGAUGCGUCGAAUCAAUCCGUAGAAUCGCUUGCAUGGAGGCUUUGCUCCUCCUGAGCAAGUAUGAAGCCGAGACGCAAAGACCCUGGGAAAACCUAUGCAAAUUACAGUGUUUGAACCAAUCUAGAUACCGUGAGCUCAGCAACAUAUAAAUAUGAAGAGGAGGAUGAAGAAUUCUCAGCAUCCGAUUCUCGAAGUAUUGCAAGUGAAAGGCUCUUUGAUUGGGGAUUAUAUAGUAGUUUCUCCUGUUUCUUGUGGACAAACGGGGAUACUCGUUAGCUGGAGAGCUCAUGGGUGGAGCUUAUGAUUAUUUUUUUGGUCAAGCAGAUGGGAUUACAGAAAGUUAUCACCAAAAUGGAUCAUAUCCUAGUUUUCCUGGAUCAUUGACUGGAGUUCCUUCUUCCGGAAGGGUGGGUGGAGCAUCAAGUAGCAGAAGUGGUGGCUCAAGGUCAGUAUGGGAUGAAGCCCAUUUGCAGGAUGUGGAGGACCCUUUUAAUGAUAUGGCCAUUCUCGAAUCCUUUGGAGGUUGGCAACGGGGAUGACAUUGAAAUAGAUAAUAUGACAUAUGAGGAAAUCAAUCAACUGGAAGAAUCCAUGGGUGAAGAAAAAAGCAAAGGGCUGUCAGAGGAUCUGAUAUCUAUGUUGCCAUCUCACAAGUACAAAAAGCCAUCAACAAAAGGAAGCAAAUCUUCAGAGAAAUCAGAGUGUCUGAUAUGUAAAAUGGAAUAUAAAAGAGGAGAUAUGAUAACUACUUUACCCUGCACGCACCAGUAUCACGAGACAUGCAUAAAAAAUUGGUUACAAGAAAGCAAGAGUUGCUGCUUGUGCAAAACAGAGGUGACACUCUGAUAUUGGGAGGUUUGCUGGGUGGAACUAACAGCUACUAGAUUACAACUAUUACUUUUUACUUCAAAUAAGGGAAAGGAAAUAAAGCUGUUCAUCAUUUAUUUAAGGUUUCAGCGCUAUGGCAAUAAAAAAUAAAAGCAAAAGGCUAAGAGCCAGAAUACACAUUAUUUAAAUUUGAUUCUUUCUCUCUUGUUGGUGUACAUAAUACAAUAAUUUGGAAGCGAUGCAAGCAGAAGUUCCCUGUAGUAUAGUUUGGUGAUCUGAAAUUGAAAACCUGUUCGGCUA